AUGAAAUUUUACAUUGAUGAUUUACCUAUACUAUUUCCAUAUCCAAGAAUAUACCCAGAACAAUAUGCUUAUAUGAGUGAUAUAAAAAAAACUUUAGAUGUUGGUGGAAAUUGUAUAUUAGAAAUGCCUUCGGGUACUGGUAAAACCAUUUCAUUAUUAUCAUUGACUAUAGCAUAUCAAAUGUUUUAUCCAGAACAUAGAAAAAUAGUAUAUUGUUCUCGUACAAUGUCAGAAAUUGAAAAAGCGUUAAUAGAGUUGCAUAAAUUAAUGGAAUUUAGAGCUAAAGAAUUAGGUUAUGUUGAAGAAUUUAGAGGUUUAGGUUUAACAAGUAGAAAGAAUUUAUGUUUACAUCCAACUAUAAGUCAAGAAAGAAAAGGUAAUGUUGUUGAUGAAAAAUGUAGAAGAAUAACUAAUGGUCAAUUGAAAGAAAAAAUUGAAAAAGGAUUAAUAAAUGAACAACAACAAUUGGAAAAUCCUGAAACUUAUAGCCUUUGUAAUUUUCAUGAAAAUCUCAAUGAACUAGAUCAGCAUGAUCUUAUCCCUGCUGGUGUUUAUUCAUUUGAUGCUUUAAUCAAAUAUUGUAAACAAAAGGAGACAUGUCCGUAUUUUACGGUGAGAAGAAUGAUACCAUUUUGUAAUAUAAUAAUUUAUAGUUAUCAUUAUUUGCUAGAUCCAAAAAUUGCUGAGAGGGUGAGUAAGGAACUUAAUAAAGAUUCCAUUAUCAUCUUCGAUGAAGCUCAUAAUAUAGAUAAUGUCUGUAUUGAAUCAUUAUCAUUAGAUAUAACUGAUGAUAGUUUGAAAAGAGCGACAAGAGGUGCAAAUAAAUUAGAACAAGAAAUUGAGCUUAUGAAAUCACAAGAUAAUGAAAAAUUACAGAAUGAAUAUGAACAAUUGGUGGAAGGUUUAAGACAAGCAGAAAUUGCUAGAGAUGAAGAAUUGUUUAUGUCUUCUCCAGUAUUACCAAAGGAUUUACUUGAUGAAGCUAUACCGGGAAAUAUAAGAAAAGGUGAACAUUUUAUUGCAUUUUUAAAAAGAUUUAUUGAAUAUUUAAAAACAAGGAUGAAAGUUUUAAAUGUCAUUAGUGAAACACCUACAUCUUUCCUUCAACAUCUUAAAGAACUCACUUAUAUAGAUAGGAAACCAUUGAGAUUUUGCAGUGAAAGAUUAAGUCUUUUAGUUCGUACAUUAGAUUUACAAGAAAUUGAAGAUUUUACAGCAUUAAAAGAUAUUGCAACUUUUGCUACAUUGCUCAGUACAUAUGAAAGUGGGUUUCAAUUAAUAUUGGAGCCUUUUGAAACUGAAGGUUCAACUGUUCCAAAUCCAAUUUUACAUUUUACAUGUUUAGAUGCAUCAAUUGCUAUUAAACCAGUUUUUGAAAGGUUUCUGUCAGUUAUUAUUACUUCAGGUACUAUAUCACCAUUGGAUAUGUAUCCAAAGAUGUUGAAUUUUGAAACUGUGAUCCAAGAAUCAUAUGCCAUGACUCUUGCAAGACGAUCUUUUUUACCAAUGAUUGUUACAAAAGGUAGUGAUCAAGUUCAAAUAUCAUCUAGAUUUGAAAUUAGAAAUGAUCCUUCAGUUGUUAGAAAUUAUGGCUCAUUAUUAAUUGAAUUUGCUAAAAUAACUCCUGAUGGUAUGGUUGUUUUUUUCCCAAGUUAUCUUUACAUGGAAUCAAUUAUAUCAAUGUGGCAAAAUAUGGGUGUUUUAGAUGAAGUUUGGAAACACAAAUUAAUUCUUGUAGAAACUCCAGAUGCUCAAGAAACUUCAUUAGCAUUAGAAACUUAUAGAAAAGCAUGCUGUAAUGGUAGAGGUGCAGUUUUAUUAUCAGUUGCUAGAGGCAAAGUUUCUGAAGGUAUUGAUUUUGAUCAUCAUUAUGGUAGAACAGUAUUAAUGAUUGGUAUACCUUAUCAAUAUACUGAAUCAAGAAUUUUAAAAGCAAGAUUAGAAUUUAUGAGAGAUCAUUUUCAAAUUAGAGAAAACGAUUUUUUAAGUUUCGAUGCAAUGAGACAUGCAGCACAAUGUUUAGGUAGAGUUUUAAGAGGUAAAGAUGAUUAUGGUAUUAUGGUUCUAGCUGAUAAAAGAUUUGCAACCAAAAAGAAUAAAUUACCAAAAUGGAUUGCUCAAGCUUUAAAUGAUUCAGAUACAAAAUUAUCAACUGAUAUGGCAUUAGCAACAGCAAAGAAAUUUUUAAAAGCAUUAGCUCAACCAGCUGAUCCAAAACAUCAAGAAGGAAUUAGUGUUUGGAAUAUUGAACAAUUGGUAGCUUAUCAAAAACAAAAUGAAAAAAAAACUGAACAAGAAAAGGUUGAUUUUGAGUUUGAUGAUGAAGAUAUGGAAUUAUUAUAA